GAGCGGAGCCCGGUGAACGCCGGCUCUAGGGCCCAGAGGCUGCUGGGGGCUGCCAGAAUGCAGCCCGCUCCCAACCUCGCCUCCCCGUCCCUCGGCGGAGGGGGCGCCGGACGUUGGGGGACCUGCCCGCACCCGGGCAGCCGUGGAGGGGGCUGAGUGGGUAGUUGUGACCACAGAGGCCCUGGGUGUGCAGGGGGAAAGGAGGCAGAUCUGUCGCUGUGUUGAUGAUUCUGGAAAGCUUAACGAAGCCGCUAGCUGGAGCUAGGAGCGAAGCAGAGUCUCCAGGACCCUGACCUGACCAUCAGUUCUGAGGAGGGGGAGCUGCCGGGGAGGGGAGAAUGAGUGGUUAGGUAGGGGAGGGUCCACUCUGCUUGGCCCUGAACGAUGAAGCAGUGGACGACUGGAGGACUUCCACAGGCAGCAGUGGGCAUGAGGGGGACAGAUUCCGAGGACAGUGAACUUUCCAAGGUACUCCAGACUCCUGUGCUCCAAGAAAUCAGACCAUCCAGCGUGUGGAAGGCAGGGGCAGCCUUCCACCACGGAGAGCCAGCUGUCAGCUGCCUCACGGGAAGAUGCUGUGUCGACGGGGCAGCCCCAGCACGAGUGUGCCUGUGGCCACCGCCCUGGGAGUGCUGUGGUUCUGCCUCACAGGCGCCGCCGUGGAGGUCCAGGUCCCCGAAGACCCUGUGGUGGCCCUUGUAGGCACCGAUGCCACCCUGCGCUGCUCCUUCUCGCCCGAGCCCGGCUUCAGCCUGGCGCAGCUCAACCUCAUCUGGCAGCUGACGGACACCAAACAGCUGGUGCACAGCUUUGCCGAGGGCCGCGACCAGGGCAGCGGCUAUGCCAACCGCACUGCGCUCUUCCCGGACCUGCUGGCUCAGGGCAAUGCGUCCCUGAGGCUGCAGCGCGUGCGCGUGGCCGACGAGGGCAGCUUCACCUGCUUCGUGAGCAUCCGGGACUUUGGCAGCGCCGCGGUCAGCCUGCAGGUGGCAGCGCCCUACUCAAAGCCCAGCAUGACCCUGGAGCCCAACAAGGACCUGCGGCCCGGGGAUACGGUGACCAUCACGUGCUCCAGCUACCGGGGCUACCCUGAGGCUGAGGUGUUCUGGCAGGACGGGCAGGGUGCGCCCUUGACCGGCAACGUGACCACGUCGCAGAUGGCCAACGAGCAGGGCUUGUUCGACGUGCGCAGCGUCCUGAGGGUGGUGCUGGGCGCCAACGGCACCUACAGCUGCCUGGUGCGCAACCCCGUGCUGCAGCAGGACGCCCAGGGCUCCGUCACCAUCACGGGGCAGCCCAUGACAUUCCCGCCUGAGGCCCUGUGGGUGACAGUGGGGCUCUCUGUCUGUCUCGUCGCACUGCUGGUGGCCCUGGCCUUCGUCUGCUGGAGAAAGAUCAAACAGAGCUGUGAGGAGGAGAAUGCAGGAGCUGACGACCAGGAUGGGGAGGGAGAAGGAUCCAAGACGGCCCUGCGGCCUCUGAAACACUCUGAAAACAAAGAAGAUGAUGGACAAGAAAUAGCCUGACCACAAGGAUGAGGGAGCUGCUGCCCCGGCCUGGGGCUCCUCUGGCUGCCCUGGUGCCUCAUUGUGAGCCCUGGGCUGGGACUUCCCUGCCCCCAGCAGAUGGCUCCCCCUCUGGCGAGUCUAUUCAUUCUGCAAAGGAAGUGAUCCAUAGACCACCCUGCAGCCUUAUUUCUCCAACGGACACGAUUCCCAAGUCAUCCUGCUGCCUUAUUUCUCUGUGACAUGAUACAUAAAUCAGCCUGCUGCCUUAUUUGUUAUGGACACAAUACACAGACCACCCCACCUCCUUGUUUCUCCAAUGGAUGUAUUACAUGGACCAUCUGGCUGCCCUUUUUCUCCCAGGGACAAAAUAUUCAGACAGACCCUCUGCCUUAUUUCUCCAAAGACGUGAUACACAGUCACCCCUUGCCUUGUUUCUCCAAUGGCCCUAAUACACUAGCGCUCACUUCUCAGCCUUUCUCUCACCUGCCUGUCCUCCCGUCUCCUCAGACAGGGCUGCUGCAGCCCCGGCAUCUUGUUGAGUCCAUAGGUGUCUCCUGCUCUGGGCCCAGUGUUGGCCUUUUGCCUCCCUCGCUUAGUGAAGACAGGGCCCUGCCCCGGGCACGCAGACACGCAGGUGCAUGUGCUGGAACACGUAACAACCUCCCGGGCCCAAUUUCUUCCUUGGUGCCCUGGGCUGUGCCCUGUGAGCCCCCCACCACCCAGCCUCCCCAGGGCAAGCGUGUGCUGGUCACACUGGGUCUCUGGGCCGCUGUGUGGGCCCCCUGGGGGUCAGCUUCUGUCCCUCUGCUUUUCCUGCCUUUCCUUUUAUUUGUCCAUUCAAGUAAUGUUCAUGAGCAUGCAUGGUGCAUCAGCCCUGUGUCCGGUGUCCCUGCGUGAGAAGACAAGCCCCUCCCUCCAGCAGCUGGACCUGCAGCUGGGAAACUCGUGCGGAAACAGCGGUUCAUGAGGGGCGUCCUGCCUUGCUCCCUCCUGUACUCUGUGCCCACAGCUCCCUGGAUACCUCACCCCCGAGCCAUCCUUAGCCCUCACCCGGAGUGGAAGGCGGGGACAGGAACCUGGAGAGAGGGAUGGAACCUCUCGCCGCCACUGAAGGAUCUGAUGGUUUCCACAGUGUCUUUCCAGGCGUGAGCAGCUUAGCAGGCAGCCAAGGCCCAGGAGACCUGGAGAGCUGAAGCCUAGGGGAAACCUGGUGCCUCUCCUCCUUGGCGGGAGCCUGGGGCGGGGACACAGCCACCCGUCCCUGCUGUGCUACUGUGGGGCUUGUCUCUGGCCGGCCCCCAGCCUCCGGCAGAGUAAACUUCGGAUGUUCUGGUGUUUUCGCCGACAUAUCUCCCUUCUCCAGGAAUGGAAGACGUGGGGAUUUCUAAUUUAAAAUGUGGGGCUCUGAGGAAUUUUGUUAACUGGGGGUGUAUUUUGGGAAAAAUAAAUGCCUUCGUAGAAA